UCGCGAUGAGCCGCUUCGGCUCGCUUGGCCGGCGCCUGACACGGGCCAAAGUUAUCCCGGAAUAAGGACAGCACGCAUGUGCCGUAAACCCGGAUGUAGUAUUUUACCAGUUCUUCGCCCAUUUUAUGCCCCAACACUAAAUAAAAAAAUUGCUUUAUUUAACGCGUGCGGGCGUAGAGCUUCUCUGAAAGAACAGUUUAUUUGAACCGUUCUAGUCCUGGUUUGGACGUGUCGCGUGUCGGAUGGGGAGCGGAGCCGCAGUAAGAACUACGCCGCUGUUUAGCGUCACUUUUGUGCGUGCAUCUGGCUCGGCUUCUGAACCAUAAACUACGUUUUGUAGCAAACUAGGCAGAUUGAGUUUUUUUCCCCCAGGUCUGUGGGGUGGAAGUCGUGAAUACAAAGCAUGAUAUGUGGAAAAUUACUUGAAGAUAAUAAUGCACAACCAUUUGUAUUUAAGAUGCGUGACGCGCUUUAAUACAGGUGAUUAAACUAAUUUCAGGAUUGCAGGUAGUUGACAUUUCAUUUAAGUCAAAAGUGCACGUAAACGCACUUGGCAGUUAUGGAUUUUCGUGGCAAAAAGUACGAAAGGGGCAGCAAUUGGUCCGAUCCAGAGGUGGUAGAGCUGCUGCAGCUGUGGGCGGAUGAGUCAGUCCAAAUCGAGCUGGAGAGCUGCCUCCGGAACCAGCACGUGUUUAACCGGAUCGCCGAAGUGUUGCGGGAAAAGGGCAUCCUUCGCACGGGGGACCAGUGUCGGGAGAAGAUCAAGAAAAUGAAGCUGGAGUACCGGCGCAUCAAGGAGCACCAGAAAACCAUGCGCGGGGGGCGGCCCUGGAAGUUCUACGAGGUCAUGGACCGGGUGCUCACAAACCGACCCUCCAUAUCUUACUCCUCCUUGGGGGGUACGGUCAUAGCCCACCAGGUUCUCCAAGGAGCCGCUGCCUCAGACGGCUUCCACCUGCACGGUCUCCCAGCAUCGGCUUUCGGAUCGCAGCCCCCGGGCUCCUUCUUAUUCGGGCAGACCCAGAAGCAAGGCGAUCCUCUGGAGAUUAAAUGCGAGGACGCGGACUCCGAUGACUGUUUGCUGAACUCUGAUCCGCCUCCUCCAGAGCUGCUGUACCAGAUCGGCUCAGCGGAGGAAGCCGACGUUGAGCACAAAUCCCUAGGACUGGAGCGGGAAGACUCCGCGGACAUGGGGCGGGGAGACGGUCUCUCCCCCUCAGGUUUCAGUGAUCAGAACAUGGGCGGCUCCUCUGGCACGGGAUGGUCGAUGGCCUCCUAUCCUCGAACGGGGGUGGACGAAGAGCCCGACGGGGAGGCUUUUGACAGGGAGCGGCCACAGGGCCGAGGAGCCCCCCGCCAUCGCAAACGAAGGAGGCUGGGCCGCGGGGGAGCCGGCGGCUGUGGCCAGCGGAGGGACGCCCUGGACCUGUCAUUGGCGCGGUUCUUGAGAUGGCAGCGGGAGGCAGAGGAGCGGCUUCUGGCUCUGGAGGAGGCGCGGCUGGAGCGCGAGGCGAAGGCGGAGGAGCGGCGGGAGCGGCAGGAGCAGCGGCGGGAGCGGCUGGACCGCCAGCACGAGCUCCGCCUCUUCGCAAUUUUUGCCAGCGCCCUCACCGCCACUCGGUCGGGGUCUGCUGGCCCCCCUGAUCCAUUCCACCCCACCAACCAGCCUACCUGGGAUGCAGAACUGCCUACCUUGGACCCAGGAAGAGCCCAGCAUAGCAUCUACCUCUCGCGGCGUGGCAGUAGCUUCCGGCAGCAAAAGAGCGUCAUCCAGGAAGGCUACGGCCUGUACCAUGCUGACAAGCACGACCCCAACAGCAACCCUGACGGCAUCAUCAAUAUGGGCACCAGUGAGAACAAGCUGUGUUUUGAUCUGCUCUCCAAACGGCUGACGCAGGCAGACAUGUUGCAUGUGGACCCUGCUCUUCUACAGUAUCCGGACUGGAAAGGCCAUCAUUUCCUCAGAGAUGAAGUGGCCCAGUUUCUGACUCACUAUUGCAAGUCCCCGAACCCCCUGAAAGCAGACAACGUGGUGGUGAUGAACGGCUGUGGCUCACUCUUCUCCGCUAUUGCUGCGGUAAUCUGUGACCCUGAUGACGCGAUCCUCAUCGCCACACCCUUCUAUGGUGUGAUAACCGAAGAUGUUAAGUUGUACAGCGGUGUGAAACUGGUUCAUGCACACCUGGACUGUGAGCCUGGUGGCUCUGAACAUCGCCCCUUUCAGCUGUCAGUGGAGAAACUGGAGGAAGCUCUGGGCAAGGCCCAGAGUGAGGGUGUUAAUGUUCGAGCCCUAAUCCUGAUGAACCCCCACAAUCCACUUGGAGAGAUCUACUCUGCACAAGAAAUGACAGACCUCCUAGAGUUCGCUAAGAAACACGAGCUGCAUGCCAUUGUGGAUGAGGUGUACAUGCUGUCUGUGUUUGACGAGUCGGCCACGUUCCCCAGUGUCCUCAGCCUCAGCAGGUUGCCAGAUGCUCAGCGAACCCACAUGCUGUGGGGCGUCAGCAAGGACUUUGCCGCAGCUGGGAUCCGGGUGGGUGUGCUGUACUCUGAGAACCGGGACCUGAUCGAAGCUCUGGACCAACUGGCCUCCUUCCAUGGCGUCCCUGGACCCUCUCAGCACCAGGUGGCCCGACUGCUCCGGGACAGGGAAUGGAUCAGCCGAGAAUUCCUGCCGGAGAACCUGGCCAGGCUGCAGGCAGCUCACCGCUGCAUGACCGGGGAGCUGCAGAACCUGGGGCUGCCAUACCUUCACAGGCCCGCUGGCUUCUUUGUCUGGGUCGACAUGAGGAAGUACUUAAGGGAACAGACCUUCCAGGCGGAGCUGGCGCUGUGGAGAUGCUUUCUGAGGCACAAGGUGUUGGUCAGCUGUGGGCAGUCCUACCAGUGCAGCACUCCAGGCUGGUUUCGUCUCGUCUUCUCCAUUCCGGAGCCCAGCCUGCGUAUGGGGAUGGAGAGGAUUAGCAGAGCUAUGAGGGAACUGGAGCAGUCAAACAGACGAUCUGUCGAAGAGCAAGAUGCAACAGAUGGAGAAGACUCCGGAGAGGACGAAUUGGAGGACGGAGGAAGUGAGAGUGCUGAGCAGAAUGCAAAGGGUGCAGCAUCAGCAGCCCCGGCAGGGAAGGGGCAGCCCAGUGAGAAUGAGGGGGCGGGUCAGGACCAUGGGCUGUCUUUGGCCGUUGAGAACUUUGUACUGAUGGACAUGCAGGCUGGCCCACCACUUGGGAAGCUGGAUUCGCUGAUUGACACCCUGCGACAGCAGAUACGCUCCUCUGAUUGGCUGGAGAAAAAUACUCCAGAACGGUCAUCAGAAGAAGAUCCAGAGGUGUUAGACGUUUUUAAAGAUCUGCUGGACAGAGCAAGAAAGUGAAAAAUGUGUUUUAUCCCUCUUAUGAUUUGGUAAAUCAAACCCUGAAUUUUAUGUUUAGUUCUGGAUCCAUUUUUGCAGGUUUCUCUGGAAAAUUUCCAUUUUGGCGUACAAAAUGUAUUUCGAAAAUACUACUCUUAAUACUGUUUCAUAUCUGUUGUCCUGCCAAAAACAAUGCCUUAUUUUGCUGGUAAUGGAAACAAAAAUUCAAACUCAAAAGUUUAUUUACUAUAUAUGUGUUUGUGUGUGAAACUUCUGCGUUUUUUUCUUGUUUUCUGGGCACGUGGGGGGUGAGAGUGGGUUUGCCAUUACAGAAGGAAACUCCGAUAACAGAAACCAUGCCUGCGGUUUAUGUAAUGAGCCUACAGUCUCUCUGACUUCAAAGCUUGUGUGGGUCUUUCCGGUACGUUGUGAGAGGGAGGGACCUUUUAACAUGGGUGGGCUGAAGGUGUGCACUGGUGUCUCCGUUGCUGUGGUGAAUCACUUUGUGACAGACCUGACACUGUAUAAACCCUCCUAUCCCAACAUCCCUGGAUAUCUCAAACUGUAUAUGUAAGUGCUGGACCACAGGAUGUAAUUUCACAGGCCUCAUAGUAAACUUCCUGAGACAGUUUGCGUGGUGUAAUACUUAGGGGGGGUGUGAAAAAGAAACUUUUUGAGGCUACUGCUAUUUGAAAGUGAUGAUGUCGUACUGGAAUUUAAAGGUUAGACACUGCUUUUGAAAAUAUCCAUAUGAAGAUAUCUAUAUAUAGAUAGAGUGAUAGAUAAAUAGAUAUGUAGAAUUAGAAUUUAGAAUUCAAUGAUCAGUGUUUAUUGUUGAUACACCACAGCACACAGUGCACAACAACGAAAUGUGUCCUCUGCAUUUAACCUAUAUGUGACAUCGUGACAUAGCAGGGGGCAGCUAAUUCAGCGCCCGGGGAGCGGAGCUUGGGGGCGGUACCUUGCUCAGGGCACCUCAGUGGUGCCUUGCUGGUUGGGGAUUCAAACCAGGAAUCUUUUAAUGUAAAACACAGUGUGUUGUGCUUAUAUGUAAUGUAUAUACAGUAUGUGUUAUAUGAUAAUGUAGGCAUACAUAUACUUGUUUUGCAUUGGACUGGGUUUAAAGCACCACUGUUACGGAGAUAAUUUCGUACUUUUGAUUUUGUGAGUGAAAUGGGGGAGGAAGCUUCAGCGAGGGCUUGAUUUCACUUUCACUAGUCCUACACGUCACGGGGUCUUUUGGGGGACUUUGUGGGGGGGAUUUUCCGUUACUCGGGGGCUCAUGGAAGGACCGCUGUCUUGUAGCCUCCUCCCUCUGCACUGGGGGGGCGGGCCAAUAAAAGUGUGCUCUGUUCUCCCCGCUCGCUCAGUGUUUUAGCUCGGUGUGGGCCGCCUAGACAGGAGAGUGCUGUUACAGACAUCGCCGUUUAUCUAGAUCUUACCUACAAAUUUGCUUCAGUCCAGUACAUUCCUGGAGAAGAUAUUCAGGAUUAUUAAGCUUGCAUAAAGACGUCAGUGAGGAUGCUGUCCUCCUCCGAGCUGCGCAACCCGGCCAGCCGGUUCCGCCUGGCCCAGUCUGCCAUUGGCCUGGCAGGUUGUGGCUGUGUCAUGUAUGCCGUGUGGACGCCCCGUUGGUUUGGCGACCAGGGAUUGUGGGAGAAGGUCAAUGACACAAAGAGAGACAGUGGUGACGCCGGAGUCCCCCCCACUUAUGAGGCAGAGUAUGUCUUCGCUAUCCUGUCUUUCCUGAUGGGUCUGAGUUCGGGGGUGCUGUGUCUCACCUUCGCUUUCUGCUGGACGUCGCAGACCGUACGCUCCUAUUCCAACACCCGGUCCCUGCUAAUGGUGGGACAGAUGCUCUACCCCACCACGCUGCUUCUCAUCACGUUGUCAUGCACAGGGUUUUUCUUCCUGCUGUGCUGGUCGUUCUUCACCUACCAGAAUUGGGGAGACAUCAGUGCCAACCCUAGCCAGUUGGGUUCCUCCUAUUGGCUGGGAGCAAUGGGGUUGAUCCUGCUGUUGGUCGUGCUGCCAGUGGUGUUCACAGUGGAGCAGUGCAUAGUUCCAGAUCCUUUGGCACAACUGAAGAACUCGGCAGAAAAUUGGUGGAUCCCGGCCCCUACGGGCUACAACGGGCGCUCCUUAAGUGACAGCAGUACCCAAGAAGGGCAGGACUUUCUUGGGGGGCAGACGAGGUACAUGUCAUUUCCCUGACUGCCACCUCAGGGAUAUGUGACUGAAAAAAGCAUGGAGUCUAAAUAUCUGUGCUGGUACUAAAACAUCAAGGUCUGAUGUGGAGCGGGAGCCAGGAAUGUGAGAAAAGUCUCUGUGAGAAUUAAACUGGCCUUUCCACCUUAUGGUCAGAGAUUCAAGUUGCAGGAGGCAUGUUCUGAGGAGAUUCUAGGGACUGUGGGGGCCAUGGAGCCCUCCAACUCCCCCUUCCCCAGCAAAGUACAAUGCAACCGCCCACUCUCGGGGCCCCCCUCCCAGCUUGGGGACCCAGGCCUUUUCCUGCCCUGUCUGGCCUGUCACUGUGCCUCUGGGUGUGUCUAUACUCUUAAGUAAAUAACCUAUCCUGAAUUUCAGUAAAAUUGUCUUGAUCUUUAUAGGACUAAUUUUUGACACUGUUGAGCUUUACAGCUAGAGACUGACAGAAUUUGUACUCAAAGAGUUCUGGGACAACUCUUGUUAAGACACAAGACUGAAAAGCCUUAGUGUGGUGCUGUUGGAAUGCAGAUAUGUGAACACUGAUGUAGACUUAAAAAGGGAAAUGAAAUUGUGUUGGAUUUGCUGGGGAUUUUGUGGGGAAUUUUUGCUGUUGAAUGUCACGUUAGUCAUUAAUGACUUCUACUUUCUUUUCAUGAACUUCCUGUCUGUAUGUUUACACACUACUGUGCACUACAAGUGACACCAACAGUGAACUGUCUAUUCAAGGUGUGAAUGUUGUAUGUCUGAGCAAAUAAAGCUAAAUUACAGCUUGUGA